AUGUCCGACAAGUUCGUCGCCCAGGUCUGGUGCAACCGCGCCAUGCUGGUGGCAGCCGGGAGGGACUUCAUGAACCCCACCGAGCCCGGCCUAGUCGCCAAACGUGAACGUACCACCUUUCUUCACAUGAUACAGGGACUUGUUCGGGAGCCUAGCGCCGAAGGAGUGGUGAUAGUGGACGGGACAAAAGUGAUCCCCUCAAGAUACUUACACCCACCCACCACAGCCGGAGUCGAAGAAAUCGGUGGGGACAGUAGUGGCAGUGGCGGCAGGGGCCAACCCAAUCGGUUCGUGUUUUUACAGCGGUUGGUCCAACACGCCCGGGAAAAGAGAGAACAUGAGCGCCAGCUACACCGAGAACAACAGCAGCCGCAGCCACCACCGGAGGGUGUCAAGACCUCCGGCUCGACCGCCGCUCCUGUUCUUACCUCACAGGAGUUCCAACCUUUGCCAGAGAUCAACUACUACAUCGGAACGCUGGAGUUUACUCUUGGUUUCGACCUCGAAGCCAUGCCAACUGGUUCCGAAAACAAUACGGCGACCGCGCGAGUAUUGCCAAACCGUGGAGAUUCCCCCACUGUAACGGGAACAACCAAAUCGGGUUACCACAGCGUCGGUGAUGGCGAGGGUGACCGAGCUGAAAAUGGUCCUGGGGCUAACGCUUCUGUUGCAACGAUAAUGAGAGCCCUUUGGCCUCCAGAGUAUAUCCUCGAUACCGUCAUUCAGCCACUUUUCACGAAAGACGAGGAAGAAGAGCGUGCUGCUUCAUCCAUGGUAGGCUUGUUCGAUCGUGGGAGUUGGGGUGCUAGUCAGAGGGAGCGAAAGCAGCAAGGAGUCGUCAUUGUUUCAAGCGUGAAUUGCGGCUACCUGGAUAUGGCGUCAAAUUUUCUGCAGUCGGUGGGGCAAGCCGCAGGAGACGUGAAGGUGCUCUUCGUGGCGAGAGACGAGGUCGCAUUCGAUUUCCUAGACGCUCUGUCUCCCGGGUGUACGGUAUUCUUCCCUGAAGUGGGAUCGGAGAGGGCCCAUGCAAUACAAGCCGGGCAGUGGGGCGACAACAUCUUCAAGCAACAGACCGUUGCUCGCCCUGAUAUCCUUCUUCCCAUCCUUCGCCAGGGCUACAAGGCCCUAUACACCGACGUGGACAUUUUUUGGCUAGGAAAUGUCCUCUCUCUCUUGCCGAACUCCCGGGUAACCCAGACCCCUCCAGUGGAAGUGAUUCUCCAAGCAGACGCAAAACAGAAAUGUACUUGCUUCAUGUACCUCGACAGCACUCCGAAUGCAAUACGCCUGUUAGAGCUGUGGAAGCAGGAAAUCGCCGAGAAGUCCAGUUUUCAAGACCAGAGGGCCUUCCAAAGCCCGUUGGCUCAGAUGCAAGAAGCCGGUUUGGCGCUGCAACUGCUUCCUAAGGAGGCAAUGCUUCCGGGAAACAGAGGUUUCGACGAAACGUACGUGAAGAACAACUACGCGCUUUUGCAAGACAAGCUGCUGAUCGUUCACAACAACUGGAUCGUCGGUCACGACCCUAAACGAGAGCGUUUCCGCAUGGCCGGUCUGUGGGAGGUGGACGACUGGGAGUUCCCAACCUGCCAGCGGAGAAACCUUCGAUCGCAAGGAGGACGGAGUGGGUGGGAGUGGGGGUGGGGGUAA